GGGGAGGGGGAGAAAGAGAGAGAGAGAAAGAAAGAGAGAGAGAGAGGAAUUUUGGAAUUGGAAAUGUAGCAAAGGCAACAAGGAAAAGGAAGGCAGGCUGCAACAUUGUGGCCCAGAGCCUCCGGCCUGAACUCAAGCACUCUCUCUCUCUCUCUGUGUUGCAAGGGAGGGAUUGCAAAGACCAUGAGCCCCAGGUAAAAGGCAGCCCAUGGCACUCCCACCGGGGUUGCUGGUGGUGGCUGCUGGGUGUGACAGUGCUGCCGACCCAGGCCUCUCUGCCGCCUGAGGCUGGCAGUGGAAGCGCCAGGCAGCAGGAGUCCCACCCACCUCCCCACCCAGCCACCAGGUCUCCGGGAAAGAAGGAGGAGGAGGAGGAGGAAGGAGCCAGAGCAGGAGAAGCAACAAAGCCUGCUGCUGCUGCUGCUGCUGCUGCAGCAGCCAUGAGAAUCACACUUGGAAAGCCCAAAGCACCUGUUCCAGAUCCACCUAAGAAAACUGAUGUGAAGCAGCCGGAGAAAUCCAGUGAGUCGGUUCUGUGCACCACUCGGGCAACCGUGAUGCUCUAUGAUGAUGCCAACAAGAAAUGGGUACCAGCGGGGAGCGGACCCCAGGUCUUCAGCCGCAUCCAGAUCUACCACAGCCCUGCCAACAACACUUUCCGGGUGGUGGGACGCAAGAUGCAGCCGGACCAGCAGGUGGUCAUCAACAGUCCAAUAGUGAAAGGGUUGAAGUACAACCAAGCCACUCCCAACUUCCACCAGUGGCGCGAUGCCCGCCAGGUCUGGGGGCUCAACUUUGGCACCAAAGAAGAUGCCGGCCAGUUUGCCAGUGGAAUGAUGCAUGCCCUGGAAAUGCUGGAUUCAGGGAACUCGGCGCCAGCGCGGCCUGUCCAGAAUGGCCCCUCUGCGGAUGAAAUGGAGCAACAGAAAAGGCAGCAGUUAGAGAGAGAACAGCAUGAGCAAGCGGAGAAGGAGCGGAGGGUCACAAUCGCAGCAUCUCCAGCCACUCCUUCGGGUCCUCCCCCACCCCCAGGACCACCGCCGGCCCCACCAUGCCCGCCUCCUGGACCUCCGGGGCCACCCCCAGGCAUGCCAAUGGGACCCCCAGGGCCGCCUCCACCUCCGGGUCCUCCUCCACCCCCCGGACCCCCGCCAGGCUUUGCACCCUCGGGAGGGGGGCCACCCCCAGCGCCACCCCUCCCUCCUCCCCAGGGAGCCCCCGGAGGCGCCGGACCCCCAACUGGUUUGGCCGCAGCCCUUGCAGGAGCGAAACUCAAGAAGACUGGCAAGGAGGAGGGACCAAAGGCAGCAUCCGCAGCUGCCACUGCAUCCAGUGCACCUGGCGGAGGAGGAGGGCUGAUGGAGGAAAUGAGUGCCAUGUUGGCACGACGGAGGAAAGUUGCAGAGCAGAGUGAGAAGACCAUUCCAAAGAAAGAGGAGGGCCUGACGCAGCAAGACGAUGGAGAAGGUGCUGGUGCCAAGACCACAGAUGGUUUCCGGAGGCCUUGGGAGAAGACCAGCACAACGCUACCCAGAAUGAAAUCUGCUGGAGCGAUCACUGGUUCAGAACCUGCCGGAGGCGGAGGGGAUGAAUCAGAGUUGGAACGGGUCAAACAGGAGCUUCUGCAAGAGGUCCGGCGUGAACUACAGAAGGUGAAAGAGGAGAUCAUACAGGCAUUUGUCACGGAGCUUCGGAAACGGGGGUCCCCGUAACCUCGCCUCCUCGGAGUCCGCCAUUUUCCCAAGCGCGCAGCAAAAGGAAAAAAGAAUAAAAAAAUAGAGAAACCAUAUGAAGCGAGAGGAAAAAACUCCUCCGACCCCAAUCCCUUUCCCUCCCCGAUGCACCAAAAGAGCUCCGCCACCCCACACUCUUCUCAGCUCCCAGGACUCAAACCCCUGUCCCUCGCUGUGCAAUUUUAGGGUGGGGGGAAAGGGACAAUCCACAGCAACUCCCCCCAAUCCCAGGAAGGGCAGGUCCCCCACCUGUGCCUUACCCAAUAGCAAUAGCAGCACCCCACCGUCUUUCCCUCCCCCCCCCCCCGUUUUCCAAAAAAAAAAGAGAGGCUGUUUCCCAUAGGAAGGGGACAUUUCCCUGGAGGAAUUGGUCCUCUUUCCACAAUCCUUUCCCCCCCGACGAAUAAUACACUGUGCCAUUCCCAGGGAGGGCUAAUCCCUGCGCUCCAUCCCUUCGUUGCCCUCUUUCUCUCCUUUGCAAGAUAUCUGUGGUUUUGUAAAAAUAAUUUGGGGUGACGGGGGGGGGGGGGGGGGAGAGAGAGUUUUAGCCUAGGCUGUCCGGCCAGAGCAAGCGGACCUUCCAAGGAAGGAACCAAAAAAGGGGGGGGAUCUUAUUUUUGGAGGCAAUGGCAACUUCCGCCUGUUUAAAAUCAGAGCGGAGAAGAUCCCUGGAGGUAAAGGUUGGCAACCCAGCUGACCAUGUCCCUGUUUUGGGGCAUGUCAGGGCAUAUCUUACCCCUUUUUUAAUAUAGAGAAAGGGCACCAAACCAUCUCCUUUUUGCAGUGGAGGCUGCAAGGAGGAAAGAGACCAAAAGGAGGCAUCCUCUGGCCGUCAAAGCAAGAAAAGCUGCCCAGAUCUGGGCCCAUGACCUGCCAGUCACCAUCUUCCCGGAAGACCAUGGCUACUCCGACGCAUGCCCCUAUGCUUCUCAAGCAUGCGACCCACCUGCCAAAUAAAGGAACUCUUCCCUAUAAAGGGAUGUGUGUCUUUCGCGGGGUCUCCAUCGGAUCCCCUCCCCACACUUCCAGGACCUUCCUCCUCCCCCCCCAACCGCCAACACUGCUGUUUUAUCUUGGUUUUGUAAUUUUUUAAGAAUAAUUUUAAAUACAGAGAUGGGGGUUAGAAUAUUUUAUCCCUUCCCAUCUCUCUGGGUAAUUUUUUAAAGCAACAUUUCUGCCCCUCUUCCUCCUUUGCAGCCGUGGGGCAGCCGUGGGGAGAGAACCAGGGCUCUUGGCUUUUCUACUGAGCUGUAAUUUUUGUUUUAAACUUUAUUUUAGGGUUUAUUUUGUUGUUGUUGAGCUGGAUGGGCUAUUAUAUUUUGAUUUUUUAAAAGAA